UCAAACGAAGUCACCACUGUGGUGUUAAGUCAGUCCAUCUUCUUACUCAAUUCAAAUCUCCAAUUUCUUCAUGGCUUCUGGUGAGGGUUUUCCUUCUUCAUCUUUACAAGCAGACAACCUCAUUCAUGUAUUCUGGGACGAGGGCAUGCUGAAACAUGACACAGGAACUGGUGUUUUCGAUACAGGAAUGGACCCCGGUUUUCUUGAUGUUUUGGAAAAGCACCCAGAAAAUGCAGACAGGGUAAAGAAUAUGUUGUCCAUUCUCAAAAGGGGUCCUAUUUCACCUUUCAUUUCUUGGCACCAUGGCCGCCCUGCUCUUAUCUCUGAAUUGUUAUCUUUCCACACUCAAGAAUAUGUAAAUGAACUAAUUGAAGCUGAUAGAAACGGAGGGAAAGAAAUAUGUGGAGGGACAUUCUUAAAUCCUGGGUCAUGGGAUGCAGCACUUCUUGCUGCUGGUAUUACAUUAUCAGCUAUGCAGCAUAUAAUUGAUGGACACGGGAAAUUUGCAUAUGCAUUGGUCAGACCACCUGGUCAUCAUGCACAACCUACUCAAGGGGAUGGUUAUUGCUUCCUUAACAAUGCCGGUCUAGCUGUACAAAUGGCUCUAGAUAGUGGUUGUAGAAAAGUUGCUGUCCUUGACAUUGAUGUUCAUUACGGGAAUGGAACAGCAGAAGGAUUUUAUCGUUCUGAUAAAGUUCUUACGAUCUCCCUUCAUAUGAAUCAUGGUUCUUGGGGCCCCUCUCAUCCACAGAGUGGAACUAUCGAUGAGCUUGGUGAAGGUGUAGGUUUUGGGUAUAACCUGAAUAUACCAUUGCCAAAUGGAACUGGGGACGAAGGGUAUGGUUAUGCCGUGCAUCAUUUAGUUGUUCCUGCUAUAGAGAAAUUUGAGCCUGAUAUGAUGGUUUUGGUUGUUGGGCAGGACUCAAGUGCUUUUGACCCAAAUGGAAGGCAAUGCUUGACGAUGGAGGGUUACAGAGAUAUUGGGCGGAGAAUUCGUGGCAUGGCUGAUAAGUAUAGCAAUGGGCGGCUCUUGAUCGUCCAAGAAGGUGGAUACCAUGUUACAUAUGCAGCCUAUUGUCUGCAUGCAACUCUUGAAGGUGUGCUGAACGUUUCAGAACCUCUAUUAUCUGAUCCUAUUGCUUAUUAUCCUGAAGAUGAAUCAUUUCCAAUAAAGGUAAUUGAAGCUAUCAAAAAGUAUCAAAAGGAAACUGUACCAUUCCUUAAAGAUGCUUAGCAACUUCUGGUGUGACAGCAACAUUACAUUUUUCCUGAAGUGAAGAUUAUCCCAAUAAGUCAUCUACAUAUCAGCAAAACAGCGCGCUCAAACCAACCAGCUGAUGAUUCUUGCUCAUUUUUCUCCUUUGAAAGGGCGUUGUUGGUUCUAUUCUAACAUCAUUCUGU